UGCAGUCUUCUGGCUUCUAAGGGAAGCCAGACCCUCGCCAUUCGAUUAAAACCCGAACGCCUCCCUUCCGCCCUGCGUCGCCUCUUAAACAACCCACCCUCACCUACUAAACCGUCUUCGAUGCACCCGCGCGUAACCUCGUGGAUCCUCGAGUUCGUCCUGCGCCAGCCCGUCGACGACUGGGUGGCGAACGGGCUCCUCUUCGCCCUCCCCCUCCCUUCCCCCGUCCCCCCUCGUCUUAAAAAGACCCUCCUUCUCCGCCGCCUCUCCUCCGAUCUCUCCCGCCCCUGCCUCUCCGGCCGCACUCUCCUCUCUCUCGAGCUUAUCGAGGAGCUCGACCGCUCCGCCGGCGCCGACGCCCCCUCUGACUCCCUCGCUGCCGCCUACGCUGCCGUCGCCGUCGAGUGCACCGCCUGCUUCCUCCGCGAGCGCUCCGAUGACGACCACGGCGAGGACUUCUUCGACGCCGUCAACCGGAUCUGGAACUGCCGGGUCGCUGAUCUCGAGAGGUCAGAGGCCGCCGGCCUCGUCUCGCCGGCGCUGGGGGAGGCGAGGAGGGAGAUGGAGGAGGCCGUCGUGAACCCCAUCGUGAGGGUCGGUCUCAUGGGGAGGGACACCAAGAAGGCGGCUUUGGACGCGGUUAGGGUUUAUUUGGACGAGGCCGAUAAGGAGAUGGGGCCUCCUUAUCUUGAGCGCAUGGCGAAGGCGGUCGGCGAGGAGUGGAGAAGGAGUUCAAGAACUGGGAGGGACGGCUCUGUGGUGGAAUUGUAUGAAAUUUUGCUAAAUUUAUUGGCCAUUCAGGGGGAACAUGGGAGACGCGAAGGUCUACCCGAUGGUGAUAGAGCAAAAACAUCUAGAUUUCUGGAAUUUGACAAGCAUGAGGAGAGUGUGCUGGGUAGGGACAAGGAUGCACCUGAACAAGGUGGAUGCUCUUCUGACGAAUUUGUUCACUUGCCUGCCGCCGCCGCCGAAGUUAUAAAAAUGAAAAUUUUGUCUAGAUCAGGUGUUUUGCCGGCUAAUUUAGAUAAUAUGGAAGACAAUCAAGAUCAGAUGGGCUCAAAUCCGGUGUUUUCUGUCAAUGAAGGUACUGGCAAGGGGCCCUACAAUGACCAUGAUGCAAUGGCUCAUCCCAGUCUUAUGAAUCAAGGUCCAUCUGAUUUGGAGCAUGUGGAAGAGAACCGAGAGAGGGCAUCUUUAUCUUUUGUUGACAAGGGUACUAAAGAUGGCAAUCCUGGUACCAGUACCUCUACCAGGGACAAGAAGGAUUGCGCUGGUGCACCGAAGCCAAGUUUAGUGGAUCGGAACCGAACUGCUCGUACAUUUGAGUGGGAUGAAGAUUCCAUUGAAUCUCCAUCUGAAAAUUCGCCUAAUUCAUCAAAUAAACUUCACUUCCGAAGUCCUAAGAGAAGAGAAAUUUCUUUACCAUUAGAAGACAAUAAAACAUUCAUUAAACGUAGAACGAAAAGGAAAUGGAGUUCUCUGGAAGAGGAGACUUUGAAGAAAGCUGUUGAGAGGCAUGGAGUGGGAAACUGGAAAUUCAUUAAGAGUUGCCAUCCUGAAAUUUUAAAAGACAGAACAGAGGUUGAUUUGAAGGAUAAGUGGAGAAAUAUGAUCAGGCAAUAAACUAUGCUUUUCUAUAUAUUAUUCCAUUUUGCUAAUAUAUGUGUUCUCCUCAUUGUUAUCUUGCUUUCCAAGCAAUUACAUUUUUCUGCUUUCUCCCCCAUUUCCUCGUCAGUCUCGUUCUUGAUGUGUAUAUAAUUGGAAUGAACAACAGAACAAGGGUAAUGGGAGUCAGUUUUUAUUGAGCACUUGUUUGCUGAGGACAGCAUGCACACCUUCAAUCGUGGCAUCUCCACUCAAGACUCUUGUUGUAGAAGGUCUGUUUUCAGGGCUGUGCCGGCACGCACUUCUGAAGCUUGUUGAAACGUUUUCUGUCCUCAUCCAACACAGCCACAUGGAUGGGUUAACCUGAAGGAUCAUUUGGUUUGUGCAUCUUUUAUAUGAACCAUUCCAGUUGAACCUGCCCAUUCUGAUUACUGCUGGCACACUGAUUUAUUAAUUUACUCCAGUUAUCAGCAUGCCUGUAAGUUGUAUUGUGUACUGAGGAAGCAAGGCAAAAGGAGUCAACUUGCCGGUGCCUGGAAUGUGGGCAUUUGAUCUCCACUGUCAACUUGUCGAAUGUUCAGACUGCCGCUUCUCCAUCACUGUUCUCAUAAUUCAUCAUCUAGUCCCUGCUUGGCCAUCCGGCAACGCCACCUACGUUUGCUCAUGGCUUGACCAUCCGCCACCAUGACCUACAAUGAGUCCAUUGUCUCCUCAGACUCGGAUGUUUGCUUUGAGGAGCUUCCUCAAGUAUAACCUUCCCACAUGGAGAAUCAGAAAGGGAAGACUUUUUACUACUCAUUUCAUUCUCAUGAACUAAGAGGGGCCCCAUUGUUGCGGGCCUCGUGCACUCCAUCCUCAUGAAAGAUUCAACUGCCGAUGCCGAGCAAUGCCCACCGCGAUGAGGUAUUGCCCGAGGAGUUCUUAAAAAGGACUGAAGGCAGGGGACUGGUCUGGCCAUCUUGGAUGCCUCAGAUGGAGAUAUGGCGAGGCCGUAGGGGGGUUCCUGACACAUUUGCGGUGUAACUUGUGCCUGGAGAGCUUGUGGUUUAGGCCUUAGGGUGCCUGUUCUCAGGUGGCCACUUUAAUGCUGAGCAGCACCUGAAUGCCUUUAUGAUGUCGAGGGAAUUGGGUGUGGCAUUGGGCCUGAGGUUGGAUCAUGAUAAUGGGGGAUUUGGGAUCUCGGAUGAGUUGGAGAUGGUGGUGAGGUGCGUAUGCAGGAUAGUGAGGAAGGCAAGAGGGAAAAUAUGGGUGGUGGUGGUGGUGGUGGCGACGAGCAGGAGUCAUGCAGGGGUAUCGUCGUUUGCUGCUUUGGAGUGCUUCAAGAAAAAUUGAAAUAAAAACUUGGCAGGUAGCUGUGGGCAUGUAACUUGUACAAUCAUAAAAUUGUUACUAGGCAACUUGAUCUUCUGUGAGUGAAGUAAUGUUCUUUGUGUCUGUUUGUACAGACACGAAACAUCAGUGUUGUAACUUGCAAAGCUUGCAAGAAAUGAGCUAGUUGUAAUGUGGGAGGUGGUGUCAUGUUAUGUGAAUUUCAGAUAGAUAUCCUUAUUAUCAAUCUUGUUUGUUGAUCCA